GAUUGCAGUAGCUGAGAUUGCACCACUGCACUCCAGCCUAGGCAACAGAGUGAGACUCCAUCUCAAACAAACAAAUGUUCGUAGACUGAAUUCAAGACAGAGAGUAAAGACAGAGAGAGGCUAGGGAGAGGAAGUUCUAAGCCCCAUUCUAGCUUGACACAGUUCCCACAGCUCGUAGAACUGCCACUUCAGAAGUAUUUUGGAUUGCCUGCUACAUGAAGCCAUCAGCACUGCAAGGAACCAUAGGACAAGGACCCAGGAACUCUGCUAGGCUUUAGGAAACCUAGGUUCCAGGUAUCCUUCAAAAGUUAGGAAAACAUUUGCCCCCAUUCAUUCAGUCAGUAGUGUUUACUAAAUGUUUCACACUGCCAGGUAUAGCACCACUGCCUUUCUUAUACUUUUCAUUAACCUUUUUUUUUUUUCUAACCAAUGGGAGCAUGCCAGUGAUUUCAACCUCUGUCAUAAUGGAGCCACAUGGAUAACACACAGAUAUUACCACUACCCUAGGAGAGGGGCUUUCCUGAGCCCUUUAGAUUCUGAAUGACCUCCAGGCAUUCUAAGCAGUUUCCUCACCUUUCUGAUUGCUGAUACCUCUGACCCAAGGGGCAGUGGAUGGAAGUUUCCUUUCCAGCCACCUGUGUAUCAACACCCUAAACUCCACUCCACAUGUUAUCAUUCCUUCAUUUUCUAAGGUCACACUUCCCCUACAUUCAGACAAGUCUCACUGAUCUCUCAGGGUUCACCUGAAACAUCACUUUCCCAGGCCUUCCCCUUACUGCCCAGUUUAUACUUUAAGUUUUUGUUUUCUAUAACACUCAUUUCACUUGUAACCACUUGUGUCAUCCCCAACUGGAGGACUCUAAGUUUCAUGAGGGUAGGCAUCAAGCCUAUUUGUUUCCCUCUCUAUCCCCAGCACCUUGCUUGGGGACUGACACGUAACGGAUGCUUAUCAAAUAUUUGUUGAAUGAAUGUUUGUUGAGCCUACAAACUUUCAUUCUCAAAUGGUGUUUAUGUAGUAUUAGUAAUAAUUUCCUACAUAGUUUAAUGGCUUACCAAACAUCUUUAUGAGUUAGUGUCUCAAUUUUGGGGUAAAGGCAGUGCAGGUAAUAUUCUCCCAAUUUUUUAGAAAAUAAAACACCACCUAUGAGGUUGUCUGACUUGAUUAAGGCAGUGGUUCCAACAUUAGAAUUCAAAUGCAUAUCUGUAUUAAAAUUCUGACUAUAAAUUUUGUGUCACUUACCAGCUGUUAACCAGAUGCUCUGGCCAUGGAGCGAAAUAUGGGUAGCUAGUGGAAGAGAACAGUGGAAAGAACAGGGAGAAGCGAAAGCCAGGCCUUGGAGGAUUUCCUUUCCUCCAGUGCCUGCUUGAUUCCUACGCAGGAUUGCUUUGUCUAUCCUGGGAGUUGAGACCCUCAAUAAGUCUCUCAAUGACUUGAGGUUGGGCCAGAGAGCAAGUGAGGCCAGUGAAUCCUCACCUUCUGGGGAGGAGAGAAAUGAGAGCUGGGACACAGGGCACUCACCCACAGUAGUGUGUAUGUGCACACUCACAUCUGGACAAAAUCCACGCCAAGGCAUGCAUACAAAUCAACACAGAAUGAGCCACUGCACAGUCAUACACAUUUAAAUAUGCACCCCACAUACAGAUGUCUAGCCACUAUCGUGUACAUCCAGCCGCUGAUGUGCACUCCAGUUGUACACCAAGCUGCCAUCUUGGACAUGUGCAUGCACGUGUGCAUACACCGAACAGCCCUGAUGAAAAAUUUGGAUAAACGCACUUUUGCACAUACACAACUAAACACAUCCAUAUGAUUUAUCAUCACACUCAAGUCCAUGCACACCUUUGCAAACGUGUGGGAAACAAUCACUCUGAUCACUGGUGCACAAAACCUCCAAAUACACUAACAAGCUCUACCCGCGCAGAGAUGCAUCGACACACCCGAGUUGUCAUCAGCACUGCAAGUUUUUUCCAAACAGCUGCUAAAAAGAGAAUGCUGCGCUGCGGGCCAGCCCACGUGACCGGGAGGAAGGCUCUCCCGCCCAUGACGGGAUGGGAAAACUAUGCCUGGGGCCGGCGCUCGGCCCGGCUGCUGCCGCCGAGGAAAGCCGGGACGCGGAGCCCCGCCGAGAGCUUCUUUGCUCCGGACGCCCCUGGACGUGGCGGGCAGCCGCGAGGGUGACCACCAUGAUCCCCUGGGUGCUCUUGGCCUGUGCCCUCCCCUGCGCUGCUGACCCACUGCUUGGCGCCUUUGCUCGCAGGGACUUCCGGAAAGGCUCCCCUCAACUGGUCUGCAGCCUGCCUGGCCCCCAGGGCCCACCCGGCCCCCCAGGAGCCCCAGGGCCCUCAGGGAUGAUGGGACGAAUGGGCUUUCCUGGCAAAGAUGGCCAAGAUGGACAGGACGGCGACAGGGGGGACAGCGGAGAGGAAGGUCCACCUGGCCGGACAGGUAACCGGGGAAAGCCAGGACCAAAGGGCAAAGCCGGGGCCAUUGGGCGGGCUGGCCCCCGUGGCCCCAAGGGGGUCAACGGCACCCCCGGGAAGCAUGGCACGCCAGGCAAGAAGGGGCCUAAGGGCAAGAAGGGGGAGCAGGGCCUCCCAGGACCCUGCAGCUGCGGCAGUGGCCAUACCAAGUCAGCUUUCUCGGUGGCAGUGACCAAGAGCUACCCACGGGAGCGGCUGCCCAUCAAGUUUGACAAGAUUCUGAUGAACGAGGGUGGUCACUACAAUGCUUCCAGCGGCAAGUUCGUCUGCGGCGUGCCUGGGAUCUACUACUUCACCUACGACAUCACGCUGGCCAACAAGCACCUAGCCAUCGGCCUGGUGCACAACGGCCAGUACCGCAUCCGGACCUUUGAUGCCAACACCGGCAACCAUGAUGUGGCCUCGGGCUCCACCAUCCUGGCUCUCAAGCAGGGUGACGAAGUCUGGCUGCAAAUCUUCUACUCAGAGCAGAAUGGGCUCUUCUAUGACCCUUACUGGACAGACAGCCUCUUUACGGGCUUCCUAAUCUACGCCGACCAGGAUGACCCCAACGAGGUAUAGACAUGCCAGUGUGGUCCGCCAGGCAGGGAGCAAGCUUCUGGACUUGGGUUUACAAAGCAAGACCCCUCAACUGUAGGCUGGGGGUGGGGGGUCCAGUGAGCAGUUCUAGCCUCAGGCUGACCUCCUCUGCCUCUUUUUUUCCCCAUCAUUAAAUCCAAACCUUUUUAUUCAUCCGACCAUCUAUUUAUUCACUUCUUUUUAAAGUAUCUACUAUGUAACAGGCACUAUGCUAUUCUCUGAAAGGCGCAGCAGUGGACAAGACAGAGCAUCUGUCCUCAUGCGGCUUACAUUCUAGCAGGAGAUACAAUUUACAAAUAACCAAGCAGAUAAUAUAAUAUUAUGCCAGGAUAGAAAUGAACAUGCCAUGGUUGACAGUAAUAGGAAUAACAGGAGACAGGGAAGAGGUGGAAAUUUGUUUCUUUUUGUUUGUUUGUUUGCCUUUUUAGGUUUACUUACAUACAGUGACUCUCCAAAUUUUAAGUUGACAGCUCAGUGAAUAAUUUUUACUUAUGUGCACACCCUGAAACCUCCAUGUAGAUCGAAGAAUAAGCUAUUUCCAGCCUCUCACCUCCCUUCCCCAAAGGCUCUCUUAAGACCCCUCUAAGUCAGUACCUGGAAAAGUUCCAUUUUUUAGCUGAGUUCCAAAGAAGGAAAUAGAGCAAUGCAAAGGCCUCGGAAAAGAGGUCUCCCAGCAAAAGACUCUGCAAGUGCAAAGACUUUGAUGGAAAAGAGGGAGGGGCCAACGUCAGAACUGAGAAACGAGGCAUGAGGCGUGAGGCUGGAAGAUAAUACAGAACCUCCCAGGCCAUGGCAGAGGUCGUUCCACUCACAAAGGCUUAUCAGAAUGCAAAGUGAGCACGACACUGAUAAGCGGAUCAUCUUGAAUCUGCUCAAUGCAUGAGUCAAGUCGGCCACAGACUUGAGCACUUUAUUAUUAGUUAAUCUUUUGCAGGUCCGCUUCUCAAUGAAUGAGAUACACCAGGGUAUGCACGUACACCUGAGAACCGCUGCUCUAAGAUGGCAGGAAUGGAUCCCACGCAAAUGAAUCUCACCCCAAGCCCAGGUGUUUCCAGUAUGCAGGGAUCUGAGGGUUUAAGAAGCUGCAGUAAAAGUGCCAGGUGCUGGCUGGAUGUGGUGGCUCAGGCCUGUAAUCCCAGGACUUUGGGAGGCUGAGGCAGAUGGAUCACUUGAGGUCAAGCGUUCAAGACCAGCUUGGCCAACGUGGCGAAAUGUUAUCUCAAAAAAUACAAAAAUUAGACAGGCAUGGUGGUGGGCACCUGUAAUCCCAGAUACUGGGGAGGCUGAGGCGGAAGAAUUGCUUGAACCUGGGAGGUGGAGGUUGCAGUUAGCUGAGAUCAUGCCACUGCACUGCAGCCUGGGCAACAGAAUAAGACUGUCUCAAAAA